AUGCAGCACCUCACUGGAUGGUCGGAGAGCCCCUAUUUUACCUCCAUCAUGCAAACGUUGAUCGCAUUUGGUGGAAGUGGCAGCACAUCAAUCCCGCAAAGCGUCUCUACGAUAUCGCUGGCCCACCCACGGAGGCUGACGCUGGUGAACUCCCAAAUAAAAUGUAUUUCGGAUCAGUUGAAGAAGAAGGAUUGGGAAGGCUAA